AUGACAGCUCUGGAGGCCAUUACAUCACCGAACCUUACGCGUACGCCGUUCAAUGUGCAGGCGCUAAUGCUUUUCGCUCUUGCCGAGUUCCAUUGCGAUAAUAGAGUCGAAGCUCGUAAGAAACUCAGCACAUGUACCGCCAUGGCACUGGAACUUCAUAUGAACGAAAGAGACUUUGCUCGAGCGUACGGUGAGAACGAUUCAGUGCUGGAAGAGUGUUGGAGACGGACGUAUUAUAUCCUUUACAUCGUGGAUCAGCAUCUCGCCGUCGUCACAAAUACGCCCUUCUAUUCGUUGCUUCUGAUACCAAACACGGUUGAUUUACCGUGUGAUGAUGAGUGUUUUGAAUCAGGAAACAUACCGCCUAUAGCGACAUGGUCUGAGUACCAAGUUCGUGAGUUUGCAGAGAUUGAAGUGAUCUACUCGUCAAUAGUGUAUCUUUAUGACAUUGCCAUGGUCAUCGCUUUUGUCAUGAAUACUUUUCUCGACACUGCUGUAGUAAACGAGGUCCUGGUCGAGAACUGCGACACGAAACUCGCGAUCUGGUCAUCGUUGCUUCCAGCUUGCAAGAAGGAUCCACUUCGACUAAACGGCCAAGUAGAUGAGGUGAUGUUUAUGGCACACAUGUGUGCUGCAAUAACUAUCUCUGCGCUGCAUCGGCCUUUCUCGUCACUGGGAUACUGUCCUGAGGAGAUGACUACGCAAGCUUUCCAAGCACCUUCUCCCUUCACACUUACACCAAAAGCUGGACGAAAUGCACAUACCGCACGUGUACUCAAAGCGACAGAGAUCCACACCAAUCUCCUUGCAAUCCCAUGCGCCCUCGAAAAGCAUAACAUCUUCACCAUGUGCAUCACCUCACAACUCGCUGCCGUACAAGUGUCAGCGUGCACUUACAUAUUGGAUGGACAUGCGCUGUCGAUCGGACGGGAUCGCGUCCGUCUGAGUAUCGGCUUCGUCAACACAAUGGCGACUCUCUGGCCUCUCGGAAAGAAGAUGGCAAAGGAGGUUCGGGCUAUUGCACGGUCGUGUAUUGCCGGUACCUGCACCCAGAAUACCGUGGCCAUGGAUGCGGAAUAUGCGGGAGGUGAGAUCGACUUGGCGCGUGAUGAAUUGGUGUGGCCAGUUAAUCCUUCGGCGCAGAUCGAUAUCUACUCUGGUAUCGUGCUUCCUAUCGAUUGGGAUGCAACGUCUUUUAGCUAUUCAUCGUUGACGUCGUCUGAGCUGGUGUAA